GUAAUUUCGAUGAAACAUUCGGAAUCAAGUAUUCGGUAUUCAUCGACAUUUUCCGGAGGGAAUAUCCCAUCUUCGAACUUUGACACUGGAAUCCCCUAAAAUGGAGGAAGGAAGCGCAGAUAUUGCUCUGAUUGGCCUGGCCGUCAUGGGUCAGAACCUGAUUCUCAACAUGAACGACAAUGGCUUUGUGGUAUGUGCCUUCAAUAGAACUGUUGAGAAAGUUGAAAGGUUCCUCCAGAAUGAAGCUAAAGGGACUAAGAUAAUAGGAGCCAAGUCUCUGGAGGACAUGGUCUCCAAGCUGAAGCGCCCCAAGAGAGUCAUGCUGCUGGUGAAGGCUGGUAGUGCUGUGGAUGCCUUCAUAGAGAAACUUGUCCCUCUAUUACAGCCAGGCGAUAUCAUCAUAGAUGGUGGCAAUUCCGAGUACAGAGACAGCAAUAGGCGUUCAAAAGAGUUAAAGAAUCAAGGUAUCCUAUUUGUUGGGAGUGGUGUGAGUGGGGGUGAAGAUGGGGCUAGGUAUGGCCCCUCCCUUAUGCCUGGGGGCUCAGAGGAAGCGUGGCCACAUAUCAAAGACAUCUUCCAAAAGAUUUCUGCCAAGGUUGGGAAUGAACCUUGUUGUGAUUGGGUUGGAGAUGAGGGUGCUGGCCACUUUGUGAAGAUGGUUCACAAUGGUAUAGAAUAUGGAGACAUGCAACUUAUAUGUGAGGCAUACCAGCUGAUGAAAGAUACUCUUGGAAUGACCCCUGAUGAGAUAUCUAAUGUGAUGGAGAAGUGGAAUAAGGGGGAGCUAGAAUCAUUUCUCAUAGAAAUUACACGAGAUAUACUCGCAUUCAAGGACACAGAUGGUUCAUUCCUGGUAGAGAAAAUAAGAGAUUCUGCUGGUCAGAAAGGAACUGGAAAAUGGACUGCAAUAUCAGCUUUGGAGUAUGGCAUUCCAGUAACUCUCAUUGGAGAAUCUGUGUUUGCUCGUUGUCUGUCAGCCUUAAAAAAUGAAAGAGUAGAAGCUAGCAAGAAACUCGUGGGACCAAGCAAUUUGAAAUACCAGGGAGAUAAGGAGGAGUUUAUAGGACAUAUACAAAAGGCACUGUAUGCAUCCAAGAUUAUCUCUUAUGCACAAGGCUUUAUGCUAAUGCGUGAGGCAGCUAAAGAAUUUGGUUGGAAACUGAACUAUGGAAGUAUUGCGUUGAUGUGGAGAGGAGGCUGUAUUAUAAGAAGUGUGUUUCUUGGAAACAUUAAAUCUGCAUUCGAUAAAAACCCAGAUCUGCAAAACCUACUCUUGGAUAAUUUCUUUAGUGAAGCUAUCCAAAAAUCACAGGAAUCAUGGAGGAAAACUGUAUCAGCUGCUGUUACGUUAGGCGUGCCCACCCCUGCCUUCAGUUCAGCUCUUGCAUUCUAUGAUGGGUACAGGCUAGAGAGACUCCCCGCCAACCUUAUUCAGGCUCAGAGAGAUUACUUUGGUGCCCACACAUAUGAAUUGUUGACUUCACCUGGCACCUGGCACCAUACAAAUUGGACUGGACACGGUGGCUCUGUCUCUUCAUCCACAUACCAGGCAUAAGAAAAACUUAAAUGGACGCAACCCAAUCAAUUUCUUCACUACAGCCCUAUAGUAUGGGAUUUAUAACUUCAAAAUAUGUGAAUAAUGACUUUAUAGUGUGUUAAAUUUGAAUAUUUUACUAAAAUUGCUGUAAAAUUCAGUUAGUGCAGUAUCUGUCUAACACACUUAACAAGAGAUAUAAUCUGAUGAUCCGGUGAUCUGAUGAAACUUUGAUGAUGAUUUGCCAAUUGUUGUUGACUUGUUCAUAUCUUUGGAAAAAAUAUUUUGGGCUCCAGUUGGAGCUGACCCGAAUAUAUGUACAUGUACUAGUCGAAUAGUAUGUUGAUUCUAGGUUUGAAGUUUUUAUAUUCUCAAAUAUGCUGUGAGAAAAACAAAUUCUAACAUUCUGUUGGGAGGAAAAAAUAUUAUGGUCAAAGAUAUAAAUGGUUAUGUGAAUAAAAGAUAAAUAUGUUUCUUCUGUAUACUUUGUAUCUCUUGCACUAAAACUAGGGAUGGAAAUGUUGCACUACUCAUUGACAAUAAAACUCUAUUUUGUAAGUAAA